AAGCUCUCUCUCACCCACCUUCUCAACAACAAUCAUCAUUCAUCUUCACUGUUCCUCACUUUUUUCAAGUUGUUCACUUUUUCAAUUUCCUGGGAAAUUGCGAAAUAUAAUAAUUAAUGAGUCUCAACAUAUUUAAUUAAAUAUUGGAAAAUUUUAAUCUCUUUCUUCUUGGGUCUCUCUCUCUCUUUCGUCGGUUAUCAUCUCUCUCUAGUCUCUACGCUAAGCCACAAUCGGAAGAAAAAAUAUAUUGAUUUUGGGGUAAAUUGUAUCUUCUCUCCUUCCAGAUCAAUUCUCGAUCAAAAAGGCAAGUUGGAGAUAUGAAGCAGACAUUUUACCAUACGUUUUGAGGAAACAAGACUUUGUUUUGAGGUAAGUAAAAUAGAGAAGAGGAGGAGGAGAAGAUGGGAUGUGUUACUUCUUGCUUUCGAGUCCAAGACAUUGAUGAGUACAUGAAUCCAAAUAGCUCUGUAUAUAGGAACUGCCCCUGCAUUAGAUGCCUUGCUCGUAAUUUCCUUAACCUGUAUAGCUCAGUGUUCCGAAGAGGUGAAACCCGGGCUCUACCAUCUUCAGUUCAAGCUACUACUCCAUCAAUAACUUCCUCUUCUUCACACGAUAACUUUCUCUCUGAAGCAUUCCGUUCUACUCCAAGGCCUCUGCCUUAUGAUGCUGAUCCUAGACACUUCCGUUCACUCGUGUCAAGACGGGAGAAGGGUUCAAGUCAUUCCCACGAGGAAGCUGAGCCUCUAAGAAGUGAUAACGAUGCUGAUUCUGAAUCUUUUGGAUGCAAAUGGGGAAAUACUAAGAAUUCCAUUGUCUCUGAAAAAGAUCCCAAAGAAGAGUACUCUAGUAAAUCAAGUCUUAGGAUUAUGAAAUCAAAGUCAGCGUCUGGAAACAUAUGGGAUUUUCCUUUGUCUGAAGAUGAAGAUGCAUGUCCAACUUGUCUCGAAGAGUAUACAUCAGAGAACCCAAAGAUUGUAACAAAAUGUUCUCACCAUUUCCAUCUUGGUUGCAUUUAUGAAUGGAUGGAGAGAAGUGAAAACUGUCCUGUCUGCGGAAAGGUGAUGGAGUUCAAUGAAACACCAUGAACUCAAUCAUCGAUCAUUAUCUGUGUGUCAUGUAUCUGAACUGAAACCGGGGAAGAUGACAAGACAAUGCAGAGUGGGUGUUCUGUAAAUUUACGCUUGUUGGUUUUUGUGAAUAUUGUCAUUUUACAAUGUUAAAUAUAUGAAGCAGAAAGGGUGAAAAUGUACCUCUGCAACAUUUUAAGCUUUAUGAUAAAACUCCAUGAAACAUGGCCGAAAAAAAAAUGCAAAACGAGAAGCAAUGUUUCCCUUUUUAAAGUGAAUAAUUUGCCUCUGUUGUAUUCUUGAAUCGUCGAAACUCUUACAUCAUUGUUGUAUAUAAAUUGUUUCUCCC